GAAAAGAGAAUAUCAGUACCCAAACAGAAGUCCAACAUCCUAUAUCUAAACAUGUCCAGCUUCAGUUCUGAAACUAAUCAAAUUCUUCAGCGCCUGAAUAGUUUGAAAAUUGUGGAGACUCCAAAGGACCAGCAAAAAAUGGAAAGAAGUUGCUACUCAAUGGACAACAAAAACAGCAAAUUGGUACCAGCUACCCCAACUAGUGAAGGUCCUGGCACAUUUCUUACCCAACUAAAGAAGCGACGCAAGAAUAAACUGAACCGAAUUUACAACUAUGAGGCAAAUGAACAAUUUGUGAAAGCGCGAAAAUCAUUGAAUUUUUAAUCUUUUUUUUUUCUUGAUAUUAUCAUAUUAUGAAUAAGUUUCUGUGGAUUUCAAAUCGUGCUUAAAUAAAUAAAAAUGAAUCGAAAUUUGAA